GUAUAAGUGAGCAGUAGGGAAUGAGGGAAAAAACCAUGCAUCAUGGAGCAAUCCACGCAUUAUGUUACUCUGCUUCAUUUUGCGCAGUUAUUAUAAAAACAACGUAUCCUUGCUAUAAAGCGACAUAUUCCUUCAAUACUAGGGGCGCUGCGACUCUUCCCUGCCUAACAGCUUAGCCGUUUCGUUUCGACAAGCAAGCCAGGAUUGAAACCUAUUUGACGUGAAAGCUGCAGUACGUUACACUUUGCUGUCAGGUCUUGCGUACAGUAUGAAAGAGGGGCCGCGGGGAGUUUCAUUCGGCCAAGCAUUACCGCUCUCGCGGAAGAGGGACUAACGGCUUCAGCCGUAGGAGUAUGGCUUGGGGACCAUCUGGGUCCUCCUCGCUCCAGUUGAUUGUGAAUGCGCAACCGCAAAUUGCAACGAGUAAUGCUGCAACUCCACAACGCUCCCCAAGCUCCUCGGCGGACGCGCUUAUGGCUCAGUCACAGCCGGGAAAUCGUAACAGAAGCGCCACGCCAGGCCGCGUAUCCCGGCUUACCGCGCAGCGGGGAACACCGCUUGGGCCGGUCCCCAGGCAGCUGGGUGUGAACAACAUGCCCACCAGCUCCCUCCCGCCCAGCACUGCUGCCCUGGGCUCCCCCCUCGCCGCCGCCAAGGCCCGGCCCACCAGCGCCGUCCCUGGCGGCAGCCACGGCGGCAGCACCCACCCCGCCGGCGCUGGUCCCCAAAGCGCCCCCGGCACCACCACAGGCGAGCUGGCCAGCCCCCCGGAGCCCAGCUCCAUCUCGGCAGCGUCCGCCGACGCAAUCGCACCCAUGGCGCCCUCCACCACCACCGCCUCCCCCGGGAAUGCUCAGGGCGGAGGCAGCGGCGCCGUGCUUGGGGACCGCAAGGUCAUGCCCUCCAUCAACAACAGCGGCCCCGUGCGCCCCAGCCAGCAGACACGCAGCCUGAGCCACCCGCGCUCAGCCCGCGGCAUGCCGGGCGGGGUGUGGGGUACCGGCCUGGGCGGCGCUGUCUCCCCUGUAGGCGGCAUGCAGGGCCAGCCGGGCCAGGCGUCCAACUCGCCCCGGAGUCAGCUGGGCGGAGCAGACGCGCGGAGCAUCGGCGUGGGCGCGGGCGCGAUGUCGGGUGUGGCGGUGCUGGGCACGGCGGUGGGGCUGGGGCCCAUGCCCGGCUCUGGCGGCGGCGGCGCGGCGGCCUGGAGCCAGGCGCUGGGGCUGCCAGCGCCCACCGUGUCGGCCUGCCAGCUCUCCCAGCCCCGGCCGCUGCGGCCGAGCUCCUCGCGGCGCACCGGUGCCCCGCCGCAGAGCUCGCCGUACCAGUACAGCCCCACGACGGCGGCGGCGGCAGCGGCGGCGGCGGCGGCGCUGAAUGCGGGGGUGGUGGAUACGUACGGCGCGGCGGCGGUGAUGAACGGCCUGACCAAGAGCCUGUCGCACCCGCGCACAUCACUCGACGCGUCGGGUCAUUCGACGGGCGGCGGCAUGUACGGCAGGCCUCGCAGCGGCGGCGGCACCACGACGCGGCCUAGCUCCGCGGUGCCCGCCAGCCAUGCAAGCAGCGGCAGCCCCUCGCAGCCGCCGUCCGGCGCCUCCGCCGCUGCGGCCGCUUCCUCCCUAGGCCGACCCACCACGCCCCGCCGGCCCCUGUCUGCGCACCAUAGCUCCUUCAACGCCCGGAGCGGGGCGAGCAGCAGCCCUCGGAACGGCACGGGCACGGGCAUGAGCGAUGCGGCACCGGCUGCGCUUGGAGGACUGCUGGACCCGCCCUUCCCAGCGCCGGGCUUGCCGCCUCAGCUGCCGGGGUACAGCGCUGGGCAGCAGCCACAUCGUCUGGGCUUUGGUCGUGGCGGCAGCGACCGGGCGCUUCACCGCAACAGCAGCUCGGGGGGUCACACGUCCUUAGACGGGCUGCCGGUGGGGCCCAGCAAGCUGCACCGGGCUGCGACGGAGCAGGGGGACGAGGCGGGGGUGGAGCGGCGCACAGCGUCGGGUGAUGUGCGAUUGGGCGGUACGGCCCCAGGUGACGAUGUAGUCCUCACACCCCGCGGAGGCGGCGGAGGCGCUAGCAGCAGCGGAGAGACGACGUCCGCAGCGCUUGGUAACCGCCCCUCGUGCUUCAGUUUACACCAGCAGCAGCAGCAGCAACAGCAGCAGCUGGCUGCACUUCAGGACUCGGGGCAGAGGCUGCAGCAGCUGCAGCAGGUGCCGCCUCGAGGUGGCAGCCAGCAGCCGCAGCGCGCCUCGGAGCUGAGGCUGUCGCAGCCGCAACCACAACCCCCGCACCCGCAACACCGGCAGACGGGCGCCGGCGGCGCCUCCGUACACGAUGAAACCGCAUUCGGCAGUCCGCAGUCGCCCGUGCGCCUGGCGCUCUCCAACCCCAGCCCGCACCCCACCGCACCCGCCUACAGUCCGCUGCAACCCGCCGUGCGGCCGCUGAUGUCCUGGACGGGCGCGGGUGGCACCAGCAGCGGCAUGGGCAGUCCCCAGCGGCCCGCCUCCCCCGCCAACAUGGUCCUCUCCCCCACGGGUCCUGUAGGCGUCAUCGGUUCCAGACCCUCCACCCCAACCAACAUGCCCGCCACCGCAGCGGCCUACCACUUCCCGUCUGUUGCCUUCCCGCCCAACCACCCAGGCGUCCCGGCGCAUGUGCAGGCGCUGCUGCAGCCGGUGUUGUCAGGCCAGGCGGCUGCGGGUGCGGGGGCUGCAGGCUCGCCGCAGGAGCAGGCGGCCUCCGUCACGGCGGCAGCCGUGCUGGCGGCGGCGGCAGGCGGCGUGGCGGCGGCGGCUGUGGCCGCUGUUGCGGACCUGCGCAGCUGGCUCUCCUCCUCCAUCCGCUCCGCGAGCUUCUCAGAGGGUCUGGCGCUGCCUCACGGGGGCUCACCCCAGCAGCAGCAGCAGCCCCAGCCCGCAGCGGCGGCCCUGCAGCAGCAGCAGCAGCAGGCGCAUCAACACCAACACCAGCACCGCUUGACGCCGGGGUCAGCGACAGCAGCAGCGGCCGCAGCCGCGAUUGCCGGUCGACCGUAUGUGGUGAGCAAGCUGGGCCUGAACCUAGCCAAGCUGCCCCCAGGACGCCGCAGCACAGACCCCGAGGACGCGGUCUCCCUCUCGCACUACCCGUUUCCCCUUCCAGGCGCGCACUACUCGCCGUCGGGUGCCUCCUCCCAGCCGCAGCUGUCCGUCAGUGGCUUUGGCAGCGGGCCGAAUGGCGCCCUCGCGCCCUUGAACUUGCCGGCUACGAGUGCUCCUGCAAGUGGCUUGCUGCCGACGCCCACUGCGGCGCUCCGGGGCACGCUGUCACCCAGUGUGCAGCAGCCGUUCUACUACCACCCGCAGCAGCUGCAACAGCUGCAGCAGUUGCAGCCAUUACCGCAGCCACAGCAGCAACAGCAGCAACAGCAGGUGCAAGCAGCGCAGCAGCCGCAGCCGCAGCUGCAACAACAGAUGCAGCAGCAAGAGCAGACACCCCCGCAGCAGCUGCAGCAGCAUCAGCCGCAACAGGAAGAACCUCCCUUGCAAGAGUCCGUCGAUGAACAACAAGACCCGCAGCAGCAGCAGCAGCAACAACAGCAACAGAGACUGCAGGAGCAACAACAGGUUGCACAGCAACAAGAAGAGGAGGAGGCACGGGUACAGCAACAACAAGAGGAACAGCAGCAACAGCAGCAGUCACAGGAGCAAUCAGAGCAACAGCGGCCGCAGUCCCACUCGCAUCAACACCAAAAACACAGACGGCAGUCGAAGCAGCAGCAACCACAGUCGCGGCAGCAGCAGCAGCAGCAACGGCGGCAGAGUCGCACCCUGGAGGGUGUCGUGUCCUUGGCUGCGGCCCUCACAGCCGCCGUUGUCGGGUUGCCGAGCAGCUACUACAUUUCCGCAUGCGUGGGCGGACCGCCUCUGGAAUGGGACUUUCCGGAGGGCAACACGCAGGGCUCUCCCAGGCGGAUGCCGGCGGGUGCCCUGGGGGGGGCUGCCUGGCCUGCCGGCUGGCGCAGUGGCGGCGAGACCGCUGGCAGCGAGGGCGGAUUGGUGCGGCCCUCCACCGCUCGCCUGGCGGACCGCAUCUCAACGCCCAGCAAUGCAGCAGCCCCCACGCGGUCCCGUGUGGGCGGCGGCGGUGGCGCGCUGCGGCAGCAGUUCUGGCUGGAGGGCAGCUCGCAGCUGCUGGCGGCGAGUGUGCAGCAGAGCAAGCCGCAGCUCUGGGUGCACAACGUGCCCAGGCCCAUCAGCGAGGCACCGCUGUGGCUGGCACGCGUCGCCGACGCGCCUCCCUCCGGCUGGGACACCGACAGCGGCCCGCACCCCCACCACCACCACCACCACCCCCACCAGCCGCCCUGCAGCCGCAGCUACCUGGAGGGUCUGCGUGCGGGCAGCGGCGCGGUGGAGGCGGCGCUGGAGCUGGAGGAGCAGCGCGCGGCGGAGCAGCAGCGGGCGGCAGCAGCAGCCGCGGCCGCAGCAGCGCAGCAGGGGCCGGGGCGGGUGGGAGCCUGGCGGUCGCGAGGAGACCUGGCCCGGAGCAAUGCCAGCAGCAACACGGGUAGGAGCGGUGCGGGGACGGGGAGUACGCGACGACAGCUGAUUAGCAGCAGCAGCGGGGGGAGCAGCGAUGAGGAGGAGGUGGACGAUGAGGACGAGGAUGACAGCACACCGGCGGUGGCGGUGGUUCCGGAGCGGGUCAGGGAGUCGGUUGUGAGCCGCGGCAGCCGUCCUAACCCCCGGCCGCCGCCGGUGCCCAGGCAACAGCCAGUGUUGCAGCGCAAGCCGCGGCCGCCGCCGGCACCUCGAGGGCGGCCCGCUUACGGGAAGGUGGUUCGCAGGGGCACCGGCGGUGGUGAUGCCGUUCCAGAGGACAACGAGUGAAGCACUGGGUUUCCGCGGGAUGAGUGGAGUGGGGAUUCCGGAUGCGGGAGUUGGGUUCGAGUCCCGCAGGAGUCAUGCGUUCCAUGCAUGCAUGCAUGCAGCGCGUUGGGUGGCGUGCAUCCCCCAGCAUCCCUUACCCGGCUGGCGACCGCUGUACAUGUGGUGGCAGCGUUGGCGGUGCAAGCAGCAGCAUGGCAUGCGAAGCAGCGUGGGGUUGUUCCUGCGCGUAGUGGCGUUCGGUAGCUUUGGCUGCGUCUUCUCGGACUCGUUUGCAUGUGUCGUGUGUGGCGUGUGGAAGGGAGGGAAGGGGCACUGGUCCUGUCCGGGUACUGUGCAAUUGCAAUGAUGUUCUCAAUGCCUUACAGGCGAGUGACCCGGGGGUCUAUCCCUCCGAAUAAUCCAUGCACCUUGCGUGUGUGCGCUGCAUUCCCCUGCAGCCAUCUCCACAGAAGGCCUUAUGUGCAAGGGCAGGCUGUUCAGGCUGACUAUGACUAAUAACCCGUUUGUGUUUUGUGCUCCUUGCGUUUCGUGAACACAGACGGUGCCGCGCGUGGGUUUAGGUAACUGCUUGGACAUCCAACUGCAUGCGGGCGGUUGAACAGGAUGGCAGGUUGUGUCACCGGCAUUGCACCGGGCAUUGCACGCUUCGCAGAAGGGGCUCUUCGGUGGUCUUGCAGGCUGUAGCGCUAAACAGACACGGCUUAGGAGCGCUAGACUCUAGCUUAUGUUUCCAGGGUACGGUAUGUAUGCUAUUCGCGGUUUGAUGGGAUGCUGUGAGCUGUGCGCACACAACACUGCCUUCCGUCUGAAUACAACUUGCUUGCUUGCUUGUUUGCUAGCUUGAGCGGGAUCGAGGGUGGUGGUAUAGAACAUGUGAUCGGGGGUGGAUGAAGUGCCGCUACAUUCCUAGGUUAGCUUCUUGUUGGUGUGUGCCUACACGUGAGGGAGGUCCCGAGUGUCUUCACGGGUAACCGCUUUGCUGCGAUGUCUGCAAACGGUACAUGGUGCCGCCCUUGUCGGUGAGAAAAUGUAACUUGGUUCGUGUGCUAGGUUUCCCAUAGACAUCUUCCUCUGUAGGGUGUCAGGUUAGGUUUUGCACUAUGCAUGUAAAGCGCAGGACGGCGCGCCUAGAAGAAGUGCUUGUGAAAUCAUGAUGCCACCGGUGCUACAUGUGAAGUGGGGGUGUUCGGGAGACUGGCCGCGAGUCGGAAGACGUGGGGUUGUGUGCGGUGCCUGGUGCGGCGUCAGCAGCGUGAGAUGUUGCCCUG